AACGUCUCUUCUCUUCCUUUCCGAAUCUCGGCAGCCCGAUAUUUUUUUGUUCUGAUUUGCUCUGGCCACAAGAAUGUUUCUCAGUUCAUUACCCCGUUGUCUGCUCUUGUUUUUGGUUCUAUUUACGGUUGUGCCCUCGUUUUUGGCGUCGGCCUCUUCGCCAGAGAUCAAUGCUCCGUAUCCUAAAGCCAUCUCUGAUUUGAAGGAAGCAAUUGUAAAGGGAUUAGGGUUUCAAUCGGAGGAUUUUAAGAUUUCUGGGUUUGAUCUUCGAGAUGCGUUAGUGGGGCACUCGGCGGUGUAUGAAUUCGAUGUGGAAAUUGACAAAAAGGUGAUGCCUUUUAAGCUUUUGGAGGAUGUGAACAAGUGGGAGUAUGUAGAUUUGCCGAUAUUUAGGGUUGAAGAAUCAAUUGGCAAGGAAAAGGGGUUGGUGAAAAAGCCUAAAUUGGAUGGUGGGUUGCCUGUUUUGGCUCCGUUUCAGCUUGCUGGACCCAUGGAGUUGUGGAUACAGGAUGCUAAGGAUAUGCGCAUAUCAUUGCCGCAUGAUGUUGAUGCAGGUGUCUUGAAGAAGGUCAUCUUAGCUGAUGGUGCGGUGGUCACUGUAAAAGGUGCCCGAUCAGUUAGCCUGCGUCACCCCAUUGAUUUUCCUCUCCCCUUGAACCGAACCAGUAAUGGGUUUGCUUCUGGUCUUCUAACUCUAGCUGAACAACUUCGCCAUGCUACCCGCACUCAGAAUGCUCCACUUCUCUCGCUCCGCAUUGUCGGUCCUACCUCUCUCUCAGCCCCAUCCUCAUCAUCACUGUCACCAAAUAAUAGGCUUAAGCUCAAGCGUCUGGCUCCUGGCCUUGUGGAACUAUCUUCACCCACACAAACUAAACCUACAGACGCCCUUUCAACGAUUGAUCUCCAGGAGGAAGCCACUACAGUUUUGACUCCAAAACACUUCACCACAAUGUGGCCUAUUGCCUCUGUCAAUGGCUCAAACCCUAACUUGCUAGGUUUUGAGAAAUUGCUCUCUUCUGUGCUGGGUCCCAAGGCUAAUAAGAAAGGUUUUUUCAAACUGUUAAGAGCUCAUGUGUCUGCUCAGACUUUUGUUAAAAUUGGUUUUGGCGUGGAGAAGAAGUUGAAAGAAGGAGAUGUGAAGGAUUUUCCUGAAUGGAGGACUAAGCCUGAGACAGUAAAGAUGCACUUUGAGGUGCUGGCUAAGGUUGAUGGUGAGAAGGUAAUACCGGAGACAGUGAUGCAGGUUGAUCCCGUUAUUGCUGAGGAUACGAUUGCACCUAGUGUGUUGCUCCCAGACAAUAUGACUAUGUCACAGACUCCUAUUAUUUACCCUCCUUUGAGCUCCUUCACCCUGUAACUUCUUGGAGCUUCAGGGUUCUCAAAUUUUGCCCAAUGUUAUUGGGGGAAAAUUGUAAAUAUGAAAUACCUUUAUUUUUAAAUUGCAAAUGAGGUAGAAGAGGUCUAAAUCUGUAAAAGAAAAUCGUUUAAUGUAGUUGUAAAAGUAUGUUAAGCAUACUAAUACCAUAUAUACAGUGAUCUACUUAUUGAUGCUUCUA